GGGAAGAGGAGAAGAAGGAAGAUGGAGUGAAAUGGAUGCAGCUGGAGCACCGAGGGCCCUACUUUGUGCCCCUCUACGAGCCCCUGCCUGAGGAUGUGCAGUUUUAUUAUGAUGGGAAACCCUUGAAGCUGAGCCUGGCCACAGAGGAAAUUGCCACAUUUUAUGCCAAGAUGUUGGAUCACGAGUACACCACCAAGGAGAUCUUCCAGAACAACUUCUUCCAUGACUGGAGGAAGGAAAUGACCUCAGAGGAGCAAGAGAUCAUCAAGGACCUGGAGAAAUGUGACUUCAGGGAGAUCCACAAAUAUUUUGUGGACAAAAACGAGGCCCGGAAAGCACUUCCCAAGGAGGAGAAGCAGAAGCUGAAGGAGGAGGCAGAUAAGAUCCAGGAGGAAUAUGGGUACUGCAUCCUGGAUGGGCACAGGGAGAAGAUUGGCAACUUCAAAACAGAACCUCCGGGGCUGUUCCGUGGCCGUGGGGAGCACCCCAAGAUGGGGAUGCUGAAGAAGAGGAUCAUGCCAGAGGAUGUCAUCAUCAACUGCAGCAGGGAUUCCAAGAUUCCUGAGCCCCCAGAAGGUCACAGGUGGAAGGAGGUGCGCUUUGACAACACUGUCACCUGGCUGGCCUCGUGGACAGAGAACAUCCAGAACACCUGGAAGUACAUCAUGCUGAAUCCCAGCUCCAAGCUGAAGGGGGAGAAGGACUGGCAGAAAUACGAGGUCGCUCGGCGCCUGAAGGGUGUUGUCCACACAAUCCGGGCUCAGUACAGAAGAGACUGGAAAUCCAAGGAGCUCAAGAAGAGGCAGAGAGCAGUGGCCCUCUACUUCAUAGAUAAGCUGGCCCUGCGAGCUGGGAACGAGAAGGAGGAAGGGGAGACGGCGGACACGGUGGGCUGCUGCUCGCUGCGGGUGGAGCACAUCCAGCUGCACGCCCAGCUGGACGGGCAGGAGCACGUGGUGGAGUUCGACUUCCUGGGCAAAGACUCCAUCCGCUACUACAACAAAGUGUCCGUGGAGAAGCCGGUGUUCAAAAACCUGCAGCUGUUCAUGAAGAACAAGGACCCCACUGAUGACCUCUUUGACCUGCUCACUACAGCCUUCCUGAACAAACACCUCCAGCACCUCAUGGAUGGUUUGACAGCCAAAGUCUUCAGGACCUACAACGCUUCCAUCACCCUGCAGGAGCAGCUCAAGGCCCUCACCAACCCUGAAGACGACGUUGCAGGAAAGCUCUUGUCCUACAACCGAGCCAACCGAGCCGUGGCCAUCCUGUGCAAUCAUCAGAGGUCUAUACCAAAAACCUAUGCCAGGUCCAUGCAAGUCCUCCAGCAGAAGAUCGAUGCCAAGAAGAAACAAGUGGAGGAAGCCCAGGAAGAAGUGAAAAAAGCUGAAGAUGAGUUCAAAGACACAGAAGAUGCCAAAGCAGAGGCGAAUGUGGAGAAGAAGAAGAAGCUGCUGAAGAGGCUGGAGGAGCAAUUGGCCAAGCUGAACAUCCAGGCCACAGACAAGGAGGAGAACAAGCAAAUAGCUCUGGGCACAUCCAAGCUGAAUUACCUGGAUCCCAGGAUCAGCGUGGCUUGGUGCAAGAAAUUCGGGAUUCCCAUCGAGAGGAUCUACAACAAGACCCAGAGGGAGAAGUUUGCCUGGGCCAUCGACAUGGCUGGCGAGGACUUUGAAUUCUGAGCUGGUGCCUUCCAUGUUAAAUCCCAAAUCCUGCUCAUUUUGUGCUGCUGGGAAGCUUUUUUUAUUUUACACUUGCUGUGGCUUGGGGCAGAGGGUUGUCUGAGUUUGGUGCCUUUUUUUUUUUUUAAUGGAAAAGCAAACACCUGGAUUUCCAGUAGAAACAGGUAUUGCUGGUUGGGAUUUUGGACUUGGGGGAAUUCUCAAUUCCUCUUCAGACUUUCCAAGUGCUUGGAAUUUUUUAUUUCCUCCUCUGGAGUCUUGUAAGGAGAUUAAAUAAGAGCCUUAAUUGUUCUGAUCAACAAGA